GCCAGUGGUGGCGUAAAGGCUCCUGGGAAAUGUAGUUCCAUACAGUCCCAACGGCGGGGUCUGGUCAUGUGGCGCAAAGGCCACAGGGAAAUGUAGUUCCAUUAUCCCAGCCUGCGGCAGGUUCUGGAGAUGGCGCAAAGGUCGCUGGGAGAUGUAGUUAUAAGCGGCCUGGGCAGAUGCUGCACGGAGAUGUGAUUCGUGGAGGUGGUGCAUAGGCCUCAGGCUGAUGUAUUGCCCGCCCCCCCCCCCCCCCGUCUCAGCGUACGAGCCUGAAGAGAAGAUGGCCCUUUCAUUAGGCAUCCUGCCCGUGGUGAUGGCAGAGCUACUGAACAAAGUCCAGCAAGUUCACCAGCAGUCGUCGCAAUUGACGGAUGAACUGCUUCUAAUGCUGAAGUUUGUCUUUGGACCUCCGAUCCUGCAGGCGUUGGAACUGGUGGAUCAACGCUCAGUAACGUUUGUCGACUCUCCCAGUGGAAGAUCACUCUACCAGGUUAUUGGAAGCUCUGGUCGGGUGUAUCGUUGCUUCAGCUCCUGCCUCUACUGCUCCUGUGCAGCUUUCAUGUACUCCGUCUUACGACGGAAUGACCACAUACUGUGUAAACAUCUUCUUGCUGUGUACUUGUGCCAAGCCAUGGGAACGCUACGCCAGCUGAGAGUCUCCAACCAACAGCUGACCGAUCUGCUGCAAGCAAAGGACGAGGAGCUUGAAUCCACAGAGUAGCGGAGGAAGGGGCAAGGCCCGCAGCCUGACCUGAGGCAACUGAUUCUGGGUCGAAUCCAAGACCACCCUAGCGAAACACAACACUGUCACUGAAGAUGGACACAAACGCUGGAGUAACUCAGCCGGUCAGGCAGCAUCUCCUGAAAAAAGGAAUAGGUGACGUUUUGGGUCGAGGCCAUUCUUCAGACUGAAGCUGACAGUUUACAGAAGCUGUCUUUAAGAGGAAUCCUUAUUCCUGGACAAUAAACCAUUUAGCGGCAAGCAGAAGACAAGUCCAAGAGAUAUUUGCAAGAACCAGAAGGUGGUUUUUCACCUGUAGCCAUCGGCCACAGAAUGGUUGAGAGAAUCGUGAGGAUAUGAGGAAGUGCUCCAGGAUUCCCUGUAGAAACACAGACCUGCAGAUGCUGGUUUGCGCAAAAGAUGGACGCAAAGGGCUGGAGUAACUCAGCGGCUCAGGCAGCAUCUCUGGAAAAAUAAGAUAGGUGACAUUUGGGUCGGGGCUCUUCUUUAUACUGAAGACGUUAGUCUGAAGGAGAGUCCUGACCCGAAUCGUCACCUAUCCUUUUUCUCCAGAGAUGCUGCCUGGUCCACUCAUUUACCUCAGCACUUUGUGUCUAUCUCGAAGAUCCCUCGCUGUAUUUUUGUGUCCAUUGACAAGUAUCCUCAGCAUAGAAACAAAUUGUAUUGUGACAUUGGAGAAAUGUAGGCGUCACAGUGGCGCAGCGGUAGAGUUGCUGAUUUACAGCGCCAGAGACCCGGGUUCAAUGCUGACCACGGGUGCUGUCUGUACGGAGUUUGUAUGUUCUCCCCCUCACCAUGUUGGUUUACACCAGGUGCAUCGGUUU